UACAGCAAGCCGGAGUUUCUUCGAGAGAAUACAUCGUAUAAAGUGUUAUUUUCGUUUUGUUUGCAUGUUUUUUAAGAUUUUUUUUUCUCAUAAAAUAUAUUUAACUGUGCAACAAAUUGUUGAAUUAUUGACGAUACAUAGAAAAAGACGAUUUUAAAGAGUAAAUCAAAUCAAACACCAAUAAAACGAUGGCCGAUCAGGAUGUAUCAAAAAUGAAGGUGGCUGAUCUUAAGAGAGAGUUAAAAGUUCGUGGUCUCAAUGUUACUGGAAACAAAAACGAACUGGUUGAACGUCUUCAGUCGGCAUUGAUUGAGGGUGAUGUUUUCGAUGAUACUGCAAUGUCGGAAGAACUAUUGGACGACAAUGAUGAUGUAUUAAAUGAUGAUGAAUUGGACGAAGAGACCAAAUCGUAUUUAAAUUCAGCAUCGGUUCAAGAUGAAGAUGCAAUUUUGUCAUCACCAAAGGGAAGUACAUCAUCAAAAUCACCAGAAAAUCUACCACAAAGUAGCAGCACGGCUACAGCACAAACCAAAAAAGUGGUGCUCAAGCGAAAACUUCUGCCGUCGGUGUCGCUAUCAGAUAGCGAACCACCAAAAACUUGCAUAGAAAGCAAACUCUUGAAAAUUGGUGAUGACAAGAGCGCUGAUGAUGUAAGUCAAACACAAUCGAAUAAUGGUAAUACCGAAAAUGUUGUAAAAUUGUCGCAAUUGACAAUGAAAGAGCGUUUGGAAUUGAGAGCCAAAAAAUUCGGUGCUCCAGUGGGUGCUCCAGCGGGUGCUUCAACGGGUGCAUCAACUGGUGCUCAAACGGAUGCAGCAAAACUUGCACGUGCCGAACGGUUUGGUAUUACAACAAAUUCAGGAAGUACUACUGAGAACAAAGAAUCCAGCAGUCUUACAACCACAAAAAAUGAAACGAGUGUUGAAUUGUUGAAAAAACGAAGUGAACGUUUUGGAGGUUCAGUAUCAAACAUAAUGGUCAAACUCGAACAAAAGGAAAAGUUAUUAAAGCGACAAGAAAGAUUUGGCAAUGCACCAAUUGCUUCGGUCACGAAAGCAACAGCAACAGCAGCAUCAACAACAACAACUCCGGUUAAUACACAGGCCGCCACCGAUUAUGCUGAAAAAGCAAAAUUACGAUUGGAACGCUUCAAAACUACUACAGCCUAAUGACUACAAGUGCUAAAACAUCCAUUUAUGUUUUUUUAAACCCAAUUUUUCAAUCCUCCAAGAAAAUGGCACAUCUUUAAUAAUGAAUUAAAGGAAGUGAACCAUAAAAGUUGACAUUUAACGAUUUACUAUUUUGAAAACGAAGUAGUGACUUUCAUAGGUUUUUUUUUGUAUUUUCCUCAUAAUGUUUAUAAUAAUCAUUACAUUAGAUUUACUUGCCAUUAUGGGCAUGUAAGUUAUUUAGAUUAUAAUUUGCGAAUUAAUACUGGAAAGUAAAAUAAAAGAAUAUACACUUACGAUUUGAAGAAUAUGGAAAA